AUCCUGCUUCCAACAUCAAACUGCUGUUAAUCAAAGCAAGAAACACCGUAACAUUGUACACAGUAACACCCAUCACAGUCUCCUAAAAAAGAACAGCAUCCUUUCUCCUCUAUUAUUUUAACAUUUAAGGUAGAAGAGUAUGUUGAAUUAUUAGUUUCAACUUUUUUUUGCAUUUUAUUCAGCCUGUAGCCUAAAAAUCAGUAUUAGUGUUGAUUCAUAAAUCAUAAAUCAACAUGUGCAACCUAUAAAUGAUAUGUUGGUAACAUUUCUGAGUAUCAAAAGGUGCUAAAAUGUUUGAUGUUGGUAGCAUUUUAUGGUUUAGAUUAUUCAAUAAACUACCUGUAAACUAGAUUUGUUUUGGUGCUCCAGAACUCAUCGUUUAAUUCAUUUGGUCAGCGGUGAAGUUACACCAUGACGCUAAAAUAAAACCUAUAUUUAUACAUUUUCACCUUUCAUAUCCAAUAUCUGAAUUUUCUGUUUUUUUGGUUUCUGCACAUGUAGAAAUAUGCAAGAAAAAGGAAAAGAAAUACACUUUCACACCCUUUAUUCUCACAGCUGGGGCAGUAGCUGCUACUGCAAAACAGAGCUGCUUAAAUUUCUUUAGUAAAUGUGUUGUUUACAUUGAGUCAGAACCUAAUUAAAGCAACACCACAAUCUGGAGGCAGUCCAAUUAAAUCAACUGCAACUAUACCUCAGUAAGGCUCAUAAUGUUCACAUUUUGUUGAGACUGUGUCAGACUGUGCUCAACUUUAUGAUAAUUUUUAAGACUGUAUUUUGUGCUGUUGUGCUGCAUGGAAGUGUAUUUUAAGACCUUCAUGUCACUGUUUCCACCACUUUGAUGGUGAUGACACAAACUACUAAUACGAAUCUAGAGUCCAAAGAGUUUGCUCUGAAUUAUAAUAAGACCUCUCUGACACAAUCUCAACACUCAAACUCAACAUUAUAAUCUCCACAAAUGGAGUCAUUGUUGCAGGUGAAAGUGCAUCCAAUUGCAUCACACUGUAGUGCAGGUGUUGCUUUCAUUUUGUCCAUCCUCGCUGUACAUGCAGCAUUUUCACAUUUGGUGCAUCAGGCGAAAGGGCCCCACCACUAGGAAAACUUUAAUGAUUGUUGAAAUAGGUUACAUCAUAUGUUUUCAAUUUAAUAUCAUAAUGAAAAAGGAGCAGCUGUCGUGGUCAGUAGGAGUAAUACAAUUAACCAAGUUUCUGCUGUUUAAUAUUUUACAUUAUAGGCUUUUAAAUGGAAAAAAGCCUCCUGAUAAUAAAUUAUCUCAAGCACAAUUGAAAAAAAUCAAACAUUGCCCAUCAUUGUUCUCUGAGCUUAUAUCUUCAUCAUAAUUCACAAUACAUUUAAUCAAGUGGUGCUUAUAUGAGAUUAUUCUAAGCAAUGAUUGCCUCAUCCCAAGAGAGAAACGUUUCAACCGAGCCGACAAUUAGUACCAAGGGGAGUAUGAAUGGCUGAUUAAUGAGAGAAAAAUGCUGCAUCAGUGGGACUGGCUCAGCACCACCUGUCCCUGAAAUGUCACAUGGGAUAACUGGUCAAGAGACAGCGUCGCAUUUGCAGUCGGUUGGUGGCGUGGAAAUAAAACAUGGAAAGUGCUUGCCUCAAAGCAUCAACAUAUUUGACUAAAUUGACCCUGAGCCGAGUCAGCGAAGAUGAAUCCGUGUGAUGAAUCUGUUUGUUUGUCUGUGUGUGUGUAUAUAAAACACUAGGAGGAACAUCAGCAGCAGUAGUGGAGCAUACAAGUACGAAGCUUUGAUGUUUCUCUUUGACUCUCAUACACAUGGAUUUCACAAAGAAAAAGCAAACUGUGUUGCCAUGCAGAGGAUGAUGCCAUGUCAGAGGUCCUCACUGUCGAUGCUAUUUUGUUUGGGCUCCUGGUCUUUUCUGGCAUCCUAGGAAACAUCUUGGUCAUCCAUGUGGUGUUUCAGACAGCCGUUGAGAGUCCGUCUCAGCGACUCCCUCCCUCCGACACUAUUUUGGUGCACCUGUCACUGGCAAACCUGCUGACCUCGCUUUUCCGCACGGUGCCCAUCUUUGUGUCGGACCUGGGCUUGGAUGUGUCUCUGUCUCCGGGCUGGUGUCGUGUCUUCAUGCUGCUAUGGGUGUGGUGGCGAGCUGUGGGCUGUUGGGUGACUCUGGCACUUAGCGUCUUCCACUGCACUACCUUGAGGCGGCAGCAUGUCACCUUUGGACCUCUCGCACAGCAGCGGGAGAGGCGGCGAGUUUGGAUUGUUCUGGGGCUGGUGUGGGGGGCUAAUCUGGCCUUCUCUAUCCCUGCUCUGGUAUAUAGCACCCAUGUUCACGGUAAUGCCACCGUGGAGCUGAUGGUGAUCAGCUGCACCACCAGGCCUCUGCUGGGCUGUGUCUGGGAGUUCCCCUCCAACGAACAGGGUUCAGCUUUUGCCUCCAGCUCGUUGGCGCUCAAUGAGGUGUUGCCACUGGUGCUGAUGAUUUUCACCAACCUGGCAACCCUGCACGCUCUGGCAAAGCACAUCAGAGCUGUUACCUCAGGGGGACACUCUGGAGGAACCCAUGGGGAGCUGGACAAACAUGUUUCCUCCGAACGUAAAGCAGCUCAUGUAAUCAUGUCGCUGGUGUCACUCUUCGUGGUCUGCUGGGCCCUACAGGUCGCCGCGGUGACAUACUACAACCAUGAUGGAGGACACCAUGCUGAGGGGCUGCUGACUGUAGCUCAUUUCUCUGCUUCACUGUUUGUAGGAUUCAGUCCCAUGGUGGUGGCACUUGGACAUGGUAAGCUGAGGAAGAAAAUCAUGGGUAUGAUACUUGGGUGGUUUAAAAUUGUUAAAUGUCACAAUGCAGACGCUGAAGUGGGGAAUGAAUCCCCAGAGACUAAAGGAAAGAAGGGAAAACAAACCAUUUUUGUUGUUCAAAAAGAGAGGCAGGUCAUAAAUGUGGAGGAGAAGGUUAAGGCAAACAAAUGACAGCACUGAUACUCCUUUAAACACUGAAAAAUACAAGUUUUCCAAGAAUAAGGCUCGGAAAAACAACUUUCCAAUAACUCAGACCAAGUCCAAUCAGUCUUGAAUCUCAAAAUAGAAAAACUCAAAAAUAUAAAUAAAACAAUCCUCUCUCCACUAAAGUUUGUUACCAGGUCCAAAGCUACAGAUUUAUCAUACGCUGUCCUUUUGUGUUUUACCAUCAUAUUAACCACUUUGGCCCUGUGUUUUAUCAAUAAACUUACAAACAGAUCCAGAGACCCAAACAUUUGGAAUUCUGGGCCAAUAUUCUGUCUCACUGUAACAUUUGGUUGGUUGGUUUUGCAAAAAGGGAGAUAAAAGAAUCCAUCAUGGUAACUAAUACCUUUAAUAAAACCAUGUCUCUCAUUAACAACCCUACAUGUGAUCCAAAGUAUCCACUCACACCACUGUGAGAAUCACUGUUUCAAACAGUAACAGUAAACCUUUGAUUCUGCUUUCAAAUCACACCAACUCUACACUUAACCCAUAAAGCAAAAUGAUCAAGACAUUGGCAGUAUUUGAUAAUUAUUAACUCAUGUAUCAGUGUAAUCUAAAUAAAUAUUUUUGACAUUCUUUUUAUAAAUCCUGAUGGAAAUGUCCAUGAUAUUUUUGUUCAUUUUCUUUUGACCAUUUAUUUGGACUGUACAAAUAAAAAUGUGUCACCAACUAUCAGCCUUAUCUACAUAAAGAUGCUUUCAGUUGCCUUUC